GGACGAGGCUUAAAUAAAAUGUGCGAGUUUGGCUUUUGUUUUAUUAAUGUAGUUGUAUGUUUAAAGGUCUUUAGAGUGCAGUGCACAGUGUUGUUAUGGAACUGAACGGCUGUCACUGUGACGACGAGGCCGAAGAUGAGGAUACAACGCCCCAUUCCAGAACCGAAGCUGCUAGUAGCGUUAAUGCUACAGCGAACCUGGAGAGCAGUUCUUCCCGGGGAAGCGGCCCCAGAGAGCGGCGGGUGUCGAACCCGAGCUCAGUGAGACAGAGGCUCGACUCACUGAAGAAAAACAGGCCGCCUUUCCCAUGGUUUGGAAUGGAUAUAGGUGGUACCUUGGUAAAGUUGGUGUACUUUGAGCCAAAAGACAUCACAGCAGAAGAAGAACAGGAGGAGGUGGAAAAUCUGAAAAGUAUCCGCCAUUAUCUCACCUCACAAACAGCCUAUAGCAAAACAGGCAUCAGAGAUGUCCACCUGGAACUGCCUGACCUCAUGCUGUGGGGACGUCGGGGCAGCAUGCACUUUAUCCGCUUUCCCACACAGGAUCUCCCAGCUUUCCUACAGAUGGCAAGAGACAAACACUUUUCCAGCCUGCAUACCAUGCUCUGCGCCACUGGCGGUGGUGCGUACAAAUUUGAAGAUGACUUCCGCACAAUGGCAGACCUGGAGCUGCUGAAGCUGGAUGAGUUGGACUGUCUGAUUAAGGGUGUACUUUACAUUGACUCAGUUGUCUCAAGUGGGUCUCCUGAGUGUUACUACUAUGAGAACCCCACAAACACAGACCACUGUGAGCAGAAACCCUUUAAUCUAGAGAACCCCUACCCUCUGCUGCUGGUCAACAUUGGCUCUGGAGUCAGCAUACUGGCCGUGUACUCCAAAGACAAUUACAAACGUGUCACUGGCACAAGUUUGGGUGGUGGCACCUUCUUGGGACUGUGUUGCCUGCUGACUGGCUGCUCCACCUUUGAAGAAGCACUGGAAAUGGCAUCAAGUGGAGAAAGCACUUGUGUGGAUAAACUGGUCAGGGAUAUUUAUGGGGGUGACUAUGAGAGAUUUGGUUUGCCGGGAUGGGCUGUUGCCUCAAGCUUUGGGAAUAUGAUGUGCAAAGACAAGAGAAAUUCUGUCACAAAAGAGGACUUGGCAAGAGCUACACUUGUCACCAUUACAAACAACAUAGGAUCAAUCACACGCAUGUGUGCACUUAAUGAGAAUAUUGAGAGAGUAAUGUUUGUUGGGAACUUCCUAAGAGUGAACACUUUAUCCAUGAAGCUGUUGGCUUAUGCUAUGGACUACUGGAGUAAAGGACAGCUCAAAGCACUUUUCCUUAGACAUGAGGGUUAUUUUGGUGCUGUCGGAGCGCUGUUGGAAUUGAUGAAUCCGUCUUGAUCAACGCUGAUCCUACUUGUCUCAGGUCAUGGUUACAAUCAAAUGUCCCAAUAAUUUUGGGGAUUUACCAAAGAUGCCUUGACUGUUUGAUUGCAAUUUAAAUCUGUAAUGAGGCAUGUAUCAGUAAUGGCCCUUAACUUUUCUGUUAUAUAGCUGCACUGCAGAAAGCACAUUAGGAAGACAAGGUUUAUGUGCAGGGUUUAUUGGCAAAACCUGUAAAUAUAUAUGACGGCUUUUGGUUUCCCUGGGGAGCAGCUUUUUCAUUAAAAUAUCUUACAAUGUUUCUGUGAAAACACAAUAGCAAUAGCUAUCAUUGUAGAAAAAAAAUAAUUGUCAGUGAAAAUACUUUUAGGAAAUUAUUUCAUUUUUAUCAACUGCUUUUUCUAGGUCAGGGUCGUGGCUGGUCCUGUUUUACCAAAAACACUGGGUGCUAGGCAGGAAUACCCUGGACAGGGUGCCAAUCCUUCACAUGGCUUUUGAGCCUCUAUCAAUCACCCCCCACCCCCAAUUCUCCCAAAACAUAGUCAAUCAUGUCUGCUUAGAUGCCUGGCUGGCAUAUAGCACAGCAUUUUGGCAGUGGUGGGCUAGCGUAAUUAAAAGUUAUUGUAAAUGUAAAUGAUUGUCUUAGUCCUUAUCUUAAGGCAACUUGGCUGGAGAUCUAACCAAAGAUGUGGAACUUUUGGGAUUGUGAGGUUAGGUUUUUUACUUUCUAUACACAUUUUUGUUUAAAUGUAAUCAAGUUAUUGUUAUAAAAUAUUAUUUUGUAAUUAUUACUAUGAAAGUAAAAUUACCAUUGUUCAAGAAAAAGGUCUAAAUUUCUUGUGUAUAUAUAUAUAUUAUUGUACACCCCAACUUUGUACUUAUUUUACAAUAAAAAAUGUUAACAACACUAAA